AUGAAGUCGUUCACCGCAGUUGCAGUGCUCACGCUGGCGCUUCUCGCGCUCGGCUCCACCAAGAACAUUCAGUCUAAGGUGGCCGACAAGGACUUUCUGGUAAAGCAAAAGUUUGUAUUUGAAAUUCUGCAGCACAUCUACCAGGACGAUGUGUUUGUGACCAAAUACGAUACGAGCUUCUAUGAAUACAAGCCCUGGGAACACACCAGCGACUUCCAACAUCCCGAGAAACUGCAACACUUCUUCGAGCUGUGGCAGCAUCAUCCCUUCAAUGAUGAGCAGGUAUUUACCGUGCUGUACGAUCGUCAUGAGGAAUACGCCGUUGGUUUGGUGCGCCUCUUCUACUUUGCCAAGAAUUGGGAGACCUUCCAGCAUGUUGUGUUCUGGGCCCGCCAGCAUGUGAACAAGCAGAUGUUCGUCUAUGCCUUCACCAUUGCUACCCUGGUCCGUGACGAUAUGCAAGGUAUUGUGCUGCCCGCCCAGUACGAGAUCCACCCCUGGACUUUCUUCGAUACCCAGACUCUGGAAAUGGCCGAGCACUACAAAAUGCAUGGCUUCCACUAUGUGAAGAAGCUGGAUAACAUCUACAACGUGGUACUGAAGUCCAACUAUUCGAACGUCCAUGGAGACAUCAACUACGAUCAUUCCCUGUCCUACUUGUUGGAGGAUGUUGGUCUCAACUCGUUUUACUACUACUACAACCUGGACUAUCCCUUCUGGACAAAGGGCAAUGAGAAAAUAGUGCUGAACAAGGAUCGUCGCGGUGAGCUGUAUUUGUACAUUCACUGGCAGUUGCUGGCCCGUUACUACCUGGAGCGUCUGUCAAACGAUUUGGGAGAGGUGCCAACCUUUAACAUGUACGAGGAAGUCGAUACCGGCUACUUCAACGGACUUCGCUACUACAACGGCAUGGCAUUCCCCAACCGCGACAACCACUAUAGCUUCUACAAGGAUCACAACAUCGAGUACAUCCAGGAGGUGGAAAUGUACACACAGCGCAUCAUGGACUUCAUCCACGAGAACGACAAAUACACCAUGGAUGUGGUUAACCAGCUGGGUAACAUGAUCCAAGGCAAUGCUGACAGCAUCAACGAGAAAUUCUACGGCAGCCUGGACAAAUACUAUCGUUAUAUUGUCAACGAGGGUCGCCCCUUCGGCAAGUACCAGGAGACGCUCCCCACCACCUUCAUGCACUACGACACCUCAAUUCGCGACCCCCUGUUCUUCGAGGUGUACAAGGGCAUUUUGGAUCACUACUGGCAUCUGGUAGAGACCUUCCCUGAGUAUACCAAGCAGGAUUACGGAUUCGAGGGUGUCAAGAUCGAUGCCGUCCACAUGCCUGAAAGCCUGACCACCUACUUCGAGUACUUCGACUCGGACAUCAGCAACGCUGUCAAUGUUGAGGGCGUCGUCGAGUCUAGCACCGAUGUGACCUACAAAUUCGGCCGCAACUCGCACUACAAUGGCGAGAGCUACGUGAUCAAGGCACGUCAGUACCGCCUUAACCACAAGCCCUUCGAAUUCACUCUGGAUGUCACCUCCGACAAGGCACAGCAAGCCAUAGUCAAGGUCUUCAUUGGUCCCAAGUACGAUGAGAAUGGUCGUUUGAUCCACCUGCAAAAUAACUACAUGAACUUCUUCGAGCUGGAGCACUUCAAGGUUGAUCUGGUUGCCGGUGUGAACAACAUCAAGCGCAGCAGCGGUGACUUUAGCUUCUGGGUGAAUGAUCGCACUACCUACCUCGAGCUGUACCAGAAACUGAUGGAUGCCACCAACAGCGACUACAAAUUCAAGCUCGAUCAGUCCGAGACUCAUUGCGGUGUGCCAAAUCGCGUUAUGCUGCCCAAGGGAAAGAAGGGUGGUCAGACCUACCAGUUCUUCUACAUGGUCUAUCCUUAUCAUGAACCCACUGUCGCCCAGUACACUGGCUACGAUCCCAUCAUUAGCUGCGGUAUUGGUCAUGGCUCUCGCUAUGUCGAUAACUUGCCCUUCGGCUUCCCCUUCAACCGUCCGAUCAAACACGACUACUACUUCGAUGUGGACAACUUUAGGUUCUUCGAUGUCAAGAUCUAUCAUCGCGAUGAGCACACCAAUGUGGUCUAAGAUCGGCGAACUCAGACUCUGAUUUAGUUGUAGGCCUAACCAACCACUGCGCUCCAUCCGCAGUGCGUGUUCGAUUCAAUUAAUAUAAAAUGUGAACUUGCUUGCAAAUCAAUAAAAAGAACACAACCUACGAAAACAAAUAACUAA